CACACAGUUCUUGAACUGAAAACCAUUCUUAAUGAAAUAGAACAAAAAUAAGUACCUCUUGGAGUAGAUGCCAAGCAGGAUAUUAUUCAUUGUUGAGACAUCUCAUUUUUGAAUCUAUACGUACACAUGAAAUAGAUAAUACAGUGACAGUUACGUUUCAAAAAAUUUUGACUGCUAAAGCAAUCCAACCGCUUCGCAGCAGUAAUUAAAGAUUUUCAAUGAAUUUUAUAUCAAAUAUACGGUAUAUCUUAGCAUGCUAAUGCUUGUGUAAAUAUGUCGUAAAUGCAGCAACUUGUGCAUACGCGGCUACGGCAGAGGCUGCAGAAUCUUCUACAUUAAGCAAGAACUCACGUAGCAACGUAGCCAAAGUAAUCAAUCAGCGGGCGAGGCCACUACUCGUAAUGCCCGGAAUCCCCACUCUCCAACAUUUCAUAUAACGACCGUACAGGCACGUUACAGUUUACACCACUACAAUAGUCGUUGAAACACGAUUAAAUAACUCAAUAAUUAGUGCCAUUAUACUGUUCCAUAAAUCCAUUUUGUUACACGUCACACAUAAUGGAAGAAACAAUGAAUGAUAUGAAGAAUCGUUUUGAUAACCGACUGAAUCAUAUACUGACGACGAAAAAUCAGAAUUCGCAAAUUUUUACAAGAGCCGUGUAUCUGAAUAAAGUGGAGAAAGUGAAGCAGUCGAAGGCGAAGCAGGCGGGUAAACAGCCACAGGAUUAUCAUCGUUUACGAACAUACGACGUAACGUCGGUUGGUAACGAGGAAAGACUAAUUGUUCCUAUAAAAGAAGGCGAUUCCAUGACAAAGUAUUACGUUUAUACCGAAGAAAUAUUCCAAAUACUACACGAGACUCAUCUCGCCAUCGGACACGGUGGCAGAAAUCGUAUGGAGAAGGAGCUGAGCAACAAAUAUAAAAAUAUCACCAGGGAAAUUAUCGUGAUAUACCUGAAUCUCUGCAAAGUGUGCCAGAAGAGAAUGAACGUCUCGAAAAAGGACUUCGAAGUCGAUCCCACCGUUAGUAGCGAGAUGAAUUCCAGAUGUCAAAUCGAUCUCAUUGACAUGGAACCUCAUACCGAUGGAGAGUACAGAUUUAUUCUCGUUUACAUAGAUCUUCUUACCAAAUUCGUACAACUAAGACCACUAAAAACAAACGCGAUCAAAGAAAUGGUGCACGUGAUUUUGGACAUACUGCUAAUUUUUGGAGCACCCUGUAUAUUACAAAGUAACUAUGGGAGAGAAUUUGCGAAAGAUAUCAUUGCAGAACUGAGCGGUGCAUGGAAUGAUUUGAAGAUGGUGCAUGGUAAAGAAACGUCCACUGAAAAAACGAUCCAGGAUAUUAAAACAAUCCUCAGUUCCUGGUUGGAAUCGAACAACACCGAGGAAUGGUCUAAAGGGUUGAGAUUCGUACAAUUUACCAAAAACAGGGAACACCACGCGGGUAUCAACUGUAGUCCUUAUGAAGCUUUGUUUGGUUCGACGUUGAAAAUGGGACUGAAAUUUUCCUUACCCCUUGAAACAUCGAAUAGCAUCAAUUCUGAAGAAGACCUGGACUGGUACUAUUCGUCAAUGGCAAAAAAUAUUUACUAAAGAGUAUACCCCUAUUUAUUGUAUUGUAUAUCAUUUAAUUAUUUGUCAAUGUAUGUAAAUGUUGAAGAGAAUUGUUAGAGUUAGAAAGUAUUAGAUACAAGUUAUUGAGAAAGUUAUUAAUAAAAAUCUAGUAAUCAAGUCAAAUCAAAACAGUCAGAUACGGAUCUCGAUUUCGAACUUGUUGGAUCUCAUCACAAACUACCGGCUACCUAGAGAUAGCGUUUUAUGAAGGACCCCAAAUGGCGUGGUGAGCGCCAUCCGUGGUACAAAGCAUAUUUAGAGGAUUUAAGUAUGUUCAACAAGGUCCAUUUAGAUUGAUGGUCAUCAACUUCCUGACCUGAGUCUACGGCAUAGCUCACCAUACGUGAUAGGCACGUAACCAAAUCGAAGAAAGAACUUCAUGGUGUCUAUCUUAUUGGAUAUCAUCAGCACGUCGAAGUAUCGACAGAAUAUUGACCACCAUGAACUUCUUUGUUUGAUUUGGUUACGUGCUUAUCACGUAUAGUGAGCUACGCCUUGGAUUGUUUUUUUUAGCCUUUUUUUAUAACAAUAUUGUUGAUACAAAGAACAUUAAUAAACUGCUCAACCCCUCCGUAAUCAACACUAUAGGCAAAUAUUUAGUUCAUCGUACACUAAUCUUAAGCUAAGAUUGAGGACCUAAAAAUGGUACCUACUGUUUAACGUUUAGGGGACAUUUCC